AGCCCCAAGCUUACCUUCUGCACCCGGAGAGCUGUGUCACCAUGUGGGUCCUGGUUGUCUUCCUCACCCUGUCCGUGACGUGGAUUGGCGCUGCACCCCUCAUCCUGUCUCGGAUUGUGGGAGGCUGGGAGUGCGAGAAGCAUUCCCAACCCUGGCAGGUGCUUGUGGCCUCUCAUGGCAGGGUAGUCUGCGGGGGUGUUCUGGUGCACCCCCAGUGGGUCCUCACAGCUGCCCACUGCAUCAGGAACAAAAGCGUGAUCUUGCUGGGUCGGCACAGCCUGUUUCAUCCUGAAGACACAGGCCAGGUAUUUCAGGUCAGCCACAGCUUCCCACACCCGCUCUAUGAUAUGAGCCUCCUGAAGAAUCGAUUCCUCAGGCCAGGUGAUGACUCCAGCCACGACCUCAUGCUGCUCCGCCUGUCAGAGCCUGCCGAGAUCACAGAUGCUGUGAAGGUCAUGGACCUGCCCACCCAGGAGCCAGCACUGGGGACCACCUGCUACGCCUCAGGCUGGGGCAGCAUCGAACCAGACGAGUUCUUGAUCCCAAAGAAACUUCAGUGUGUGGACCUCCAUGUUAUUUCCAAUGAUGUGUGUGCGCAAGUUCACCCUCAGAAGGUGACCAAGUUCAUGCUGUGUGCUGGACGCUGGACAGGCGGCAAAAGCACCUGCUCGUGGGUCAUUCUGAUCACCGAACUGACCAUGCCAGUCCUGCCCAUGGCCCUCCAUGGCUCCCUAGUGCCCUGGAGAGGAGGUGUCUAGUCAGAGAGUAGUCCUGGAGAGGUGGCCUCUGUGACAAGCCACGGGGGCAGCAUCCUGCAGAUGGCCUUGGCCCUUGUCCCGCCAACCUGUCUACAAGGACUGUCCUCCUGGACCCUCCCCUCUGCACAGGAGCUGGACCCUGAAGUCCCUUCCCCACCGGCCAGGACUGGAGCCCCUGCCCCUCUGUUGGAAUCCCUGCCCACCUUCUUCUGGGAGUCGGCUCUGGAGACAUUUCUCUCUUCUCCCAAAGCUGGGAACUGCUAUCUGUUAUCCGCCUGUCUAGGUCUGAAAGAUAGGAUUGCCCAGGCAGAAACUGGGACUGACCUAUCUCACUCUCUCCCUGCUUUUACCCUUAGGGUGAUUCUGGGGGCCCACUUGUCUGUAAUGGUGUGCUUCAAGGUAUCACGUCAUGGGGCAGUGAACCAUGUGCCCUGCCCGAAAGGCCUUCCCUGUACACCAAGGUGGUGUAUUACCGGAAGUGGAUCAAGGACACCAUCGUGGCCAACCCCUGAGCACCCCUAUCAACUCCCUACUUGUAGUAAACUUGGAACCUUGGAAAUGACCGGGCCAAGACUCAAGCCUCCCCAGUUCUACCGACCUUUGUCCUAAGGUGUGAGGUCCAGGGUUGCUAGGAAAAGAAAUCAGCAGACACAGGUGUAGACCACAGUGUUUCUUAAAUAGGUGUAAUUUUGUCCUCUCUGUGUCCUGGGGAAUACUGGCCAUGCCUGGAGACAUCUCACUGUUUGAGGACACAGAUAGGAUGGGGUGUCUGUGUUAUUUGUGGGGUACAGAAAUGAAGGAGGGGUGGGGUCAACACUGAGAGAGUGGACAGUGACAUGUGCUGGACACUGUCCAUGAAGCACUGAGCAGAAGCUGGAGGCACAACGCACCAGACACUCACAGCAAGGAUGGAGCUGAAAACAUAACCCACUCUGUCCUGGAGGCACUGGGAAGCCUAGAGAAGGCUGUGAGCCGAGGAGGGAGGGUCUUCCUGUGGCAUGGGAUAGGGAUGAAGUAAGGAGAGGGACUGGACCCCCUGGAAGCUGAUUCACUAUGGCGGGAGGUGUAUUGAAGUCCCCCAGACAACCCUCAGAUUUAAUGAUUUCCUAGUAGAACUCACAGAAAUAAAGAGCUGUUAUACUGUG